UCAUGCACACCUAAAGUAUAUAAGGAUUUAAUCAACAUAUUUUUCUUCAAACUUAUAACUUGGCAUCUCCAUUUAAAAGAUACAUCCACAUCUCCCCUCCCCAGCAUUAUUCUGACCAAAAUUUCAGAUCCAGAAAGUAAGGCUGCUAGAAAGGACAUUGUCUUUGGUUUUAAUAAAUCUGCCAUUUCUAAAGAGAAACUUGUUGGGAAAAAAGUGUGAAAGGAUUCCGCACUAUUUCAUCUAUCCUACAAUAGAAAACACUAAGGAUUUUUUUUAGCCUCCUUUCAGCAUACCAUGUAAUUCAUCAUACAUGUAAAAAAAUUAAGUCCAAGUCAUGCAGUCAUUUAAUUUCUCCCAGUGUAUUUGGAGAAAACUAUUUGCCUAACAAAAGGCAGUCUUUGCAGAUGAAAAGUAACACUAUUGAGAAAUGAUGUGGCAUAAUUAAAAUGCCUUUUGAAAUGAUUUUUAACAAAUAACAGUUUCUUUGAAUUUCAUAGGAGCAGAGAUUAUCAGAUGUCAACCUCUCCUGGACCAUUUUAAUGAUGCAUUCAUGGAUCUCAAGUCCUCUAAAGCUUUGCUUGACAUUAGAAUAUGGACUCCUGAGGGCAGUUGGUUGCUGGUUACUAUUCAACUAAUAAUGACAUAGUUUCCCGAAGGACAGACCUGUAGGAGUAUAUUGUGAGAUAUAUCUGAGGUUGAGAUGGGGAAGUAAGCAAAAAAUAUAUGUACACAAUCCAAAACUUCAAUACCAGAGCAACUGGUUUAUAAUAUAUUCAAAAGGCCUGUUCUUAAAUUUACAGAAAUUAUUAUUUAGCUCAAAAUAUAUUCAAAACUUGUAUUGACUCCUGGCUUAGAAGUGCAAUAGAGUGCUUGCUCUGUGUUGUACUGUUUUAAAAUAUUUCAGCAAGGUGAAUGUCUGAACUUUCUGUUAGUAAUUGAUUGUCCACUUAUCCUAAUUUGAAGAAGAGGAGUUAGCCAGCCUGGGGAGGGAUGCUUUGGAGAGAAGAAAAAAAUCUAACGAAUGCAGUAUUUUUAAUCUUUUGAUGUUGAGAAUUUUGCUGCACAGGUCAGGAAAAUCAGUUAUGGUUCCCAUGGGAACCAUAACUAAUUCUGCCUCGUUAUAUAUUUGCCUGCAAAACCUAAAUAUGCUGAAGGGUAGGGUAGCUCUAGAUCUGUAAUUCCAAUUUUCUUACAUACUGUAUGUUAAAAUUCUACACCACAGUGUCAUAUCAGUGUUUUAAUCUUGCCCCUGAAAGAGAGUGAUUAUCCAUAGAUGUACAUGUCAUAUGUGGUGUCAUAUGACUUCUGAAUGCAGAAAGAGAAAUGAGCCAUCAGUGGUCAAAUGCCCAAGUUACAGCUUACAACAUGCAAGCCUAGAGAGCUUCAAGGGUCAAGUGGACAUUGAGAAUGCUUUAAGUUCAUUCAAGUGUCAGAAUUCACUUGUGGGCUGAGAUUUGCAUGGUCUUGUAUAAUCCCAGAAUGUACAGGUUUUUAACAUGUUCAGUAUUUCUGCAGGCUCUGCAAUCAAGUGUUAUUUUAAUAGGCUCAAGAGUUUGAAGAGCAGUGCUGAUGCACAAGACCUAAUAAAUCUCUAAUACUUAAAACAGAAGCAGCAUACUCUUUAUUUUGCUAUUUCUUACUGCACUUCAAGAAAAAAAUGCAGACCCCCAUGACAUUCAUUUUCCUCUGUGGAAGAUACUUAAGAUGCUUAAGUCUUAGAAAGUAAAAAACCAAAUUGUUGCUUUGAUACAGAAAUCCAAAACAUUGAUCUUUAAGUGACAAGAAUUAGUGAAGCCGAAAAGAGUACCAGAAAACAGUCUUCCAUUGAAUCAAAGAAUUUUAGUCCAACGGAGAAUACAGAUGGAGAUGUUCCCCACUUGUAGCCUGCUUGCCUCAUCACCACACAAAAUGGGAAAGAAACAGAAUGGCAAAGGUAAAAAAAUUGAAGAGGCAGAGCCUGAAGAAUUUGUUGUGGAGAAAGUCCUGGACAGACGUGUUGUAAAUGGAAAGGUGGAAUACUACUUGAAGUGGAAAGGAUUUACAGAUGCUGACAACACAUGGGAACCUGAAGAGAACUUAGAUUGUCCAGAGCUAAUUGAAGCCUUUCUGAACUCUCAGAAAGCUGGUAAAGAAAAAACAGAUGGUGCCAAAAGAAAAUCCUUGUCAGAUAGCGAAUCUGAUGAUAGUAAAUCAAAGAAAAAGCGUGAUUCUGUUGAUAAACCAAGAGGGUUUGCAAGGGGACUUGAUCCUGAGCGGAUAAUUGGGGCUACGGAUAGCAGUGGAGAGCUUAUGUUCCUCAUGAAGUGGAAAGACUCUGAUGAGGCAGAUCUGGUGCUGGCCAAAGAAGCUAAUGUGAAGUGUCCUCAGAUCGUAAUCGCUUUUUAUGAAGAACGGCUAACUUGGCAUUCGUGCCCAGAAGAUGAAGCACAAUAAUUGUUUGCAUUGCUUUUUUUAUAUAUAAGAAUAUUAAAACACGAAAUUUGAUUUAUUAGCAAUGUGAGAAGCAUACAUUCUAACAAGUUUCAAAUUUGAUAUUUUUUGAAGUAGUAUGUUUUGCAUCAACAACAAGUAAAUAAAAGCUUUCUGCAACUUGUUUCAUUUAUCACAAGAGAGCAUUUGAUACUACUACUUCCUCCAUAUUAGGUAAAAGCUUUUAUAAAACAUUGAUGAACUUCCAUAGUUAUUACAGAAUCAUAAUGAAUGUCUAAACAAACUCACAGAUGUUUUGUAGUCUUCUAUACUAUUGAUGUGCAUGUAUCUUCUUUACCCAAACCUAGCCCUUUAAACCUGUAGGGUCAUUCUUUUUAGUAUUUGGGAUCACUUGGUCUUAAGAAGACCAGGUGAAAACUAACUUUGUAGUAAUUUGAAUGUUAUCAGACUGUAUAUUGUUUACUUUAUUGUAAAUACUGGUGAGCAGUGGUCAAUAAAAUAGUUUUAUAUUCUUCCUUUA